UUUCCCUUCUCAUGACUGGUGUUUAUUGGGCCAGAUUCUGGGAAAGGGCCAGAUUGCAUCAGACAGGGCCUGAGAGGCUGAGCCAGAUUGCGGGCUGAGGAGGAGAUGUGGCCUUAUAAGUUGGGGCCAGUGAACUGGGAGAUGUUGGGAAAACAGACACAAACAAGUUUUAGACUGCGAGAGAGAGACGGCAAGAGUAAGCUGGACAUAAUGGCCCCCUUCCCAAGAGCAGCCAGCCUGACCCAGCAGCCCCCAGGCCCAAAGGAUGAAGACCCCAGCCUGGAUGAUUAUGACCUCUACAGCCUGGCUCAUUCCUUCCUGGGAGUGGGAGGCCGGAAGGGUCGCACCAAGAAAGAAGCUGUGGCUAACACCAACCGCCACAACCCCGGGGGGCAUGAGAGGAAGUUGCUGACCAAGCUCCGGAAUACAGAGCGGAAAAGACAAGGGGCACGGCCCUGAGACAGAGCUGGAGACAAGGCCAGAGCACAGACACAGCAAUGGAGACAGGACUGCAGAGGAAUCAGCCCCUGGGGGCAGGAUACAGGCCUACCUGUACCCCACCCCACCCCUGGGACUUACCCCACCUGACUGAGGCUCCAAGGGGUCACCAAGGAAGCACCCCCAGCCCCAGAAUAAAAGACAAGAUAAGGAGCAAGAAACAGGGAAUGGAGGCAGAAUCAUAAAGGUACCCCCAAAACUGAAAGACACUGAAGAAACUGGAGCUCCCCAAGGGGAGUAGUGAUAAUAAACAAAGUUCAGCAGCUGCAA